CUGACAGGCAUCACUGAUGGGCACUGAAAGGAAGCACUCAUAUAUGACACUGAAAGGCGGCACUGACUGGCACUGUUACGUGGCACUGUUAGGCAGCACUGACUGGCACUGAUAGGCGGCACUGACUGGCACUGAUAGGUGACACUGAAAGGCAGCUCAGAUGGGCACUGAUAUGUGGCAUUGAAAUGUGGCACUGGCAGGCACUGAAAUGUGGCACUGGCAGGUGGCAUGGAUGGAGCACUGACAGGUGGCACUGCUGGGGCUACACUGAUCAUCAGGGCACACUGAUCAUCACUGUCAGCGUGACAGCUCAUGAGGAGAGAAAUGCUGAUAACUGGCAUUUCCCUGUUUACAUGUGAUCAGCUGUGAUUGGACACAGCUGAUCACAUGA